GGCCACGACUCGCUGGCGAAGGAUUCCGCUCAGCUCGUGACAAACCACCCGCCGGACCACUGACAUAAAAACGAAUCCCCUUCCCUUCCCAGAGCCCACACAAACAGCACAACAACACAGCAGCACCCUCCAGACAACCACUACAAUGCCCGCUAAAGCAAUGGAGCCUGUCGAGGCCGCAAACUUCGACCUCUCCGUCAACCCCGCAGACGACUUCUAUUCCUACGUCAACGGAGGGUGGCUGAAAACCCAUGACAUCCCGGCAGACAAAUCGCGUUAUGGAGUCUUCGAGCAACUCAUCGACUCGAACGAUGAUCUCCUGAAGAGCAUCCUAGAGGAAGUUAUCGACCCCUCCAACAAGCCCUCUAUGCUUGGUGAAUUCUACCGCUCCGGUGUGGACGAGGCUCUCUCCAACAAAGCCGGCCUGACACCCGUGCAGGACAUCCUCGACAAGAUCUCCGGCGUCAAAACCGCCAAGGACGCUGUUGAGUUAGCCGGAAAGGAUCUGCACGUGCAGCAGAUCGGUGGACCCUUUUGGUCGGCACACGUCAACCCUGACGCCAAGAACUCCGUCUGGGAGAUCCUGGAGCUGUAUCAAAGCGGCCUUGGUCUUCCCGACCGUGACUACUACUUUGACGAGGAUAAGAAGGAGAUCCGCGAAAAAUAUCACACUUUCAUCGCCGACCUGUUCCAGUUGGCGGACAAGUCGCUGUCCAAGAGCGAUGCUGACUCGAUCGCCAAGGCUAUCUACGAUGUGGAACUCGAGUUGGCGAAAUCCUCGUUGACCAUGAGCGAGCGCCGUGAUCCAGAGGCGACGUACAACAAGAAGACCGUCAAAGAACUCGCUGUGCUCGCGCCUGAGGUCGAAUGGGAGGCCUACUUUAAGUCUAUCGGCUACGAGAACGUGGACGCGUUCGGCGGCUUCGUCAUCCUCGACAACCCCAAAUUCUUCACCAAGAUCAGCGAACUCCUGAAGAGCGUCAGCAUCAAGGACUGGCAGAACUACCUCCGCUUCAACGCUCUGCGUGGGAGCGCCCCAUAUCUGAGCAAGGAAUUUGUCGACCUCCGCUUCGCUUUCUACGGCACCGUCCUCACAGGCCAAGCCGAGAUCAAGCCCAGGUGGAAGCGCGUACUGGAUACCAUCUCCUCCGCUAUCCCCGACAGCCUCAGCGUCGCCUACAUCGCACGCGCAUUCCCACAGGAAGCCAAAGCCCAAGCCGACGAACUCGUCCAACUCGUCAUCGCCGCCCUCGAAGAGAAGCUCAAAGUCCUCGACUGGAUGGAAGACGCCACGCGCGCCAAAGCCCUCGAAAAACUCAAAGCCAUGCGUCCCAAGAUCGGUUUCCCGGACAAAUGGGAAGACUAUGGCGCCGCCCUCGAAUCCGCCGUCUUGCACACCAAGCCCUGGUUCGAGAACGUGCGGCUUGUCAACGCCGCCGACUCGCAACGUAUGUAUAAGCGCGUCAACAAACCCGUCGACCGGAACCGCUGGGAGAUGCCGGCUUACAUGGUGAACGCAUACUUUCACCCUUCCCUCGUCGAGAUCGUCUUCCCCGCGGCAAUCCUCGCCCCUCCUUUCUUCUUCCACGGCGAAGACGGCGGCGCCCCCGCCUUCAGUUUCGGAGCCAUCGGCGCCGUCAUCGGCCACGAGAUCACGCACGGGUUCGACGACCAAGGCAAACAAUUCGACGCACACGGGAACCUCGUCAACUGGUGGACCGAAGGCGACGCCAAACGGUUCAACGAACGCGCAAAGGUUAUCAUCGAGCAGUAUAACGAGUACGUUACUUUCGGCCAGAACGUGAAAGGCGACCUCACACAGGGCGAAAACAUCGCGGACCUGGGUGGGCUGAAGAUCGCAUACCUCGCCUUCCAAAAGUACCAAGCCAAACACGGCCGUGUACCUGACUACAUCGUGCGCGACGCCCAGGGUACCGAGAUCCUCCGCCUCACACCUGAACAGCAGGUGUUUGUAAGCUGGGCGCAGGUAUGGCGGAACACUAUCAGGAAGGAGAAUGCGUUGAUGCGGAUCACGACGGACCCGCAUUCGCCCGGGAACUAUAGGGCGAAUGGGCCGUUGUCGAAUUUGGCGGAGUUUUGGGAGGCGUUUGGGGUGAAGGAGGGGGAUGGGAUGCGGAGGGUCGGGGAGAAGCUGGUUAACAUUUGGUAGGCCGGCUGAUUGUGGUUCUUCUUGUUAUGAGAGGUCGGCAGUAGCCUUUCUAGCGUAGCACGGUCAUUUUAGCAGAUGUCGUGUCGUGAGAGGACGUAUGCAGCGGGAUCCGUAGGACAACAUUCUGUGUUUUUCAUCUCAUUUUGUACAUAAUCAAAACAAAUGUGCCGGACACUUUCGU